GAACACUUGGAUCGACUAGGGUUUAAGCUGAUUCAAUUUGUUUUGUUGUUUUUACCGGAUUAAUGUAUUUGGGGUUGUCAAAUUAUGGAAGAAUUGAAGAAAUGCUGGUGUUUACUGGAUCAAGCUCUGUUUAGCUUACUUUUUUUUGUUUAAUUUGGCUCAUGAAAUUGCAGCAGCAGGAAGAUGAAGAGAUGCGGGUGCCGCACUCAGAUUUAGUUGAGGGCCCUCAGCCUUUGAUUGAAGGUCCCCUGCCUAUGGAAGCAACUGCCGACAAUGCUGGAGCUGUGGAUAACCAGGCUACUGAAGAGCCACAAUCGUCACGCUAUGUUUGGACUAUCGAGAAUUUUUCUAGGUUGAAUACAAAAAAGCAUUAUUCAGAUACCUUCGUUGUUGGGGGACAUAAAUGGCGGGUGCUUAUAUUUCCGAAAGGAAAUAAUGUGGACCACUUGUCGAUGUAUUUAGAUGUGGCUGAUUCAGCUAAUUUGCCGUAUGGAUGGAAUAGAUACGCACAGUUUAGCUUGGCUGUAGUCAAUCAAAUUCAUACCAAAUAUACGGCAAAAAAGGACACACAGCACCAGUUCAAUCAAAGGGAGAGCGAUUGGGGUUUUACAUCUUUCAUGCCUCUUAGUGAGCUGUACGACCCCAGCAAGGGGUACCUUGUAAAUGAUACUUGUAUUAUUGAAGCUUGUGUUGCUGUACGCAAGGUCAUAGACUACUGGACCUAUGAUUCAAAGAAGGAGACAGGUUAUGUUGGACUUAAGAAUCAAGGGGCAACGUGUUACAUGAACUCUCUGCUCCAGACUUUGUACCAUAUUCCUUACUUCAGAAAGGCUGUCUAUCAUAUGCCAACCACAGAGAAUGACAAUCCUACAGGGAGUAUCCCUUUGGCUUUACAAAGUCUGUUUUAUAAGCUCCAAUACAAUGACUCCAGUGUGGCUACGAAAGAACUAACCAAGUCAUUUGGAUGGGACACAUAUGAUUCCUUUAUGCAACAUGAUGUGCAAGAACUUAAUCGAGUUCUAUGUGAAAAGCUUGAAGACAAGAUGAAGGGAACUGUUGUUGAGGGGACUAUACAAAAGUUGUUUGAAGGCCAUCAUAUGAAUUAUAUUGAAUGUAUCAAUGUGGACUAUAAGUCUACAAGAAAGGAAUCAUUUUAUGUUGUAUUGACACUGUUCUUUGUGGCAGACCUUCAACUUGAUGUAAAAGGUUGCAAGGAUGUCUAUGCUUCAUUUGACAAGUAUGUGGAUGUAGAACGCCUUGAAGGAGAUAAUAAGUACCAUGCAGAGGCUCAUGGUUUACAGGUUGACGUUAUAAGUCUAGUAGAUGUUCUCUAUGUUCAGCAAGCCAGUAUUGUUUCGUUGCAGGAGGAUGCCAAAAAGGGUGUGUUGUUCAUUGAUUUUCCUCCAGUUCUCCAACUUCAAUUGAAGCGAUUUGAGUAUGACUUUAUGAGAGAUACAAUGGUUAAGUUGCUCUGCCCACUUUCGUUUUACAUUAUUCAAGAUAUUGGACAUCUUUGUCUCUUCCCAAUAUAUUUCCAGAAGGACUUUUCUCUCUCUGAGAAACUAGCUUCAACUGAAUACUUAUUUUUCUUCAAUGUAUGUCCAGCGCCAGCCAUGUUUGUGGGAAUGGCCGGUGGCAUAUGUUGCCAGAAAGCAUCUAGGAUAAACGACCGCUAUGAAUUUCCAUUGGAACUUGACCUCGAUAGAGACAAUGGAAAAUAUUUGUCACCAGAAGCAGAUAGGAGUGUACGGAACCUUUACAUGCUUCACAGUGUUUUGGUUCAUAGUGGUGGCGUGCAUGGUGGGCAUUAUUAUGCCUUCAUCCGACCAACACUCACUGAUCAGUGGUUCAAAUUCGAUGAUGAGAGGGUCACUAAAGAAGAUGUNCCGCAGACAAAUCCCGGCUACAACAACACUCCAUUCAAAUUUACAAAGUACUCGAAUGCAUACAUGCUUGUGUAUAUACGAGUGAGUGACAAGGAUAACAUAAUCUGUGAUGUGGAUGAGAAGGACAUUGCAGAGCACCUUAGGAUAAGAUUGAAAAAGGAACAGGAAGAGAAGGAAGACAAGAGAAGAUACAAAGCACAGGCCCAUCUUUAUACCAUAAUCAAGGUGGCUCGUGAUGAAGAUUUGAAGGAACAGAUUGGAAAGGAUAUUUAUUUUGAUCUCGUUGAUCAUGAUAAAGUCCGCAACUUCCGUAUCCAAAAACAGACGCCUUUUAACUUUUUCAAGCAUGACAAUCUUACUGAUGCGUCCAUGUUUAUGAAGGAAGAGGUUGCCAAAGAAUUUGGGAUUCCAGUUCAAUUUCAGCGUUUCUGGAUAUGGGCAAAACGACAGAACCAUACUUACCGUCCAAACCGGCCAUUGACUCCGCAGGAGGAAGCACAUACGGUUGGAGCAUUGAGGGAAGUUUCCAACAAGGCCCACAAUGCGGAGCUGAAGUUGUUCUUGGAAGUCGAGCAUGGACAGGAUUUACAUCCAGUUGCUCCUCCAGAAAAAAGUAAGGAAGAUAUACUGCUGUUCUUUAAGCUUUACGAUCCUAUUAAAGAAGAGCUCAGAUAUGUUGGGAGGCUAUUUGUGAAAAGCUCAGGCAAGCCAAUUGAUAUCAUCACAAAAUUGAAUGAAUUAGCAGGAUUUGCUCCUGAUGAAGAGAUUGAUAUCUUUGAGGAAAUAAAAUUUGAGCCAUCUGUUAUGUGUGAACGCCUUAAUAAAAGUGCUUCAUUUAAAUUUAGCCAGAUUGAAGAUGGGGACAUUAUUUGUUUCCAGAAACGGCUUCCAUCCGAAAGUGAGAUGCCAAUCCGAUUCCCAGAUGUGCCUUCGUUUUUAGAAUACGUGAAAAAUCGCCAGAUUGUGCAUUUCCGAGCUUUGGAGAAGCCCAAGGAAGAUGAGUUCUGCCUAGAGUUUUACCAAACUGCAACUAACUUAUCCGUCAUCUGCAGAGCAAAAAAUCACACAUAUGAUGAUGUUGUUGAAAGAGUUGCUCAGCACCUGGGCUUGGAUGACCCAUCUAAAAUCCGGCUUACUCCUCAUAAUUGCUAUUCUCAACAGCCGAAGCCAAAUCCUAUCAAAUACAGAGCAGUUGAUCAAUUGUUAGACAUGCUUGUCCACUACAAUCAGAUUUCGGAUAUACUGUAUUAUGAAGUGCUGGACAUUCCUCUGCCGGAAUUGCAGUGCCUGAAAACAUUGAAAGUUGCCUUCCAUCAUGCCACGAAGGAUGAGGCUAUUAUCCUCAAUAUAAGAUUACCCAAGCCAAGCACUGUUGGGGAUGUUCUGAAUGAAAUUAAAACGAAGGUCGAGUUGUCUCAUCCAAGUGCUGAACUUAGGUUGCUCGAAGUUUUCUAUCACAAGAUUUACAAGAUUUUUCCUCUCCAUGAGAAGAUCGAGAAUAUCAAUGACCAAUAUUGGACUCUGCGUGCAGAGGAGAUACCAGAAGAGGAAAAGAACUUGGGCCCGAACGAUCGCCUGAUUCAUGUGUAUCAUUUUACAAAAGAUAGUUCCCAGAAUCAAGUGGUACUUUAUCAUUACUGCUUUUAUGUAUAUACAUACCUUUGUGUGCACCUUUUUUUCUUAUGUAGCUUUAUUAUUAUGGACCCUAAACAGCAAGUCCAGAAUUUUGGGGAACCAUUCUUUUUGGUUAUUCACGAAGGCGAAACAUUAGCUGAGGUUAAAGCCCGAAUUCAUAAGAAAUUGCAAGUUCCAGAUGAGGAGUUUUCAAAGUGGAAGUUUGCCUUUUUGUCACUGGGACGUCCAGAGUAUCUUGAAGAUUCUGAUGUUAUCUCCAGUCGUUUUCAGAGAAGAGACGUUUAUGGUGCUUGGGAGCAGUACCUAGGAUUAGAGCACUCGGACACUACCCCUAAGAGGUCUUAUUCUUCGAGCCAGGGAGAUAGAAUCGGCGAAUUGGGACAUCUGAUCUGGAACUGGUUGUCCGCUGCCCCCAGCCUGCCACCCGUAUUCACGACCAACGCCCCGAGGAAGGGAACCAAUCGGAGAGCCCAUACGCCGCCGUCGUUGCACGAAGUGCUGGCGGAGGCGUUCACGAACUGGAUGUUGAGGUCGGUGGAGGUGAGGACGGGAAGCCCAGCCUCGCCCGACGCUUGGGCCAGGUGGAAGGUCACAGGGAGGCCCCCGGCGGAGCCCGGCGUGGCUUUUGUGAUGAAAGAUCAUAGGGCCUUCGCUUUUGAAUCGUCCGUUUGCAGGGAGAUUUUUGAAGGGUUCGAUAGUCCCAAUUUUUCGAUCGAGGGUGACAAUCUAUUUUCGUCCGGAGAAUUUUGGUAG